AUGUUUAAGUCUAUAUAUAAAUUUUACAGAAAGUUGGAGGGAUCUUUAAACAUAGCAAUGUCUACAGUUUCGCUCUUGGAGCAGAUCAUAAGUGAUUCUCAAAACCCUACUGCCUUUGAGUUAUGCAGCACAAUUCGUGCGGUCGGGCGUCAGAUCCUCCGCGCGCUGCCGCAGGAGCUGGCCGCAACUAACAUGGUGCGCCGUGUGUUGCGCGCCAUACGAGAUGAACAACCAUCUAAUGCUAAUCAGAGUGGUGAGGGUGCGGGCGAGUCCCUGCAGAGGCUGGUGUUGGCGCCGCACUCGCGCGCCGCACCAGCUGACAACAAGGACCUCAUUGAACCCGUCAGAGACUUCAUCGCUGAGCUGCGAGGCGAGCUGGACUCGAGCACUCAGUCGGUGUGCGGACAAGCUCGCGAGCAUGUGCACGCGGAUGAGCUGGUGCUGACGUACGGCGCCAGCAGGCUCGCCGAGCGCUUCCUGCGCGCCGCCGCCCCGCGCCGGUACAGACUGCUGCUCGCUGAGAGCUCUGAUGUUAAGGAGAGCCACGCGAUGGCGGCGCGGCUGAGCGCUGCGGGGGUCAACGUGACGCUGGUCAGCGCGGCCGCCGUCACCGCGCUCAUGUCCCGUGUUAACAAGGUGGUGCUGUGCGUGCGGGCGGCGCUGGGCGGGGGCGCGGCGCUGGGUGGUGCGGGCGCGCACGCUGUCACACUCGCGGCGCACCACUACAGCGUGCCGGUGCUGGCGCUGGCGCCGCUGUACAAGCUGUCGCCGCUGCACGCGUGUGAGCAGCAUCACUUCAACGUGCCGGACUCCGCGCACUCCGCCCUGCCCUAUCUGAGCAGUGAGAGUGCACUGGCGCGUGUGGUGGCGCCGCGCUACGACUUCAUACCACCAAACCACAUCACUCUCUUCAUCACCAAUCUCGGAGGCAGUUCACCCUCGUACGUGUACCGCUUGUUGUCUGAACUGUACGACCCCAGCGACUAUCAGCUGCUCUCUGGUGUAAAGCACUUGAUGUUGGAAACAGCAAUGGGUACGAGUUGUUGCUUGUGUAUAUUUGUGCGUGGUCGUGGUGAGGCGGUAGAGGCCGCUGUGGUGUCUGCUCGGAUCGAUACGAGGCGAAAUGGCGCAGCGAGCAUGAGUCAGGGGGGCUCCAGGAGGCCGUUUCCGCGCGGAGGCCAGCGCUGCUACCCGCGCUACAAGGACUACUGGGACUACGAACAGAACUACAGUGAUGGCAGCAGUGCGGGCAGCCCCAAGGAGGCGUGCGUCGCUGCGUCGCCCCCGCCUGCGCACACGCAUGCGCACGCCAAGCGCGACGUGCGCCAUCCGCACGGCCCGCACGGCCCACACGGACCACAUGUCCCGCACCCCGCUCACCUGCCCCAGCAUCACCCGCAGCAUCAUCACCCGCAGCACCACGACCAGAGGAGGCUCAGUGUCGGCGGAGGCGCCGGUGGGUCGCGGCGUGCGGAGCGCCGCGCUGCCGGUCCUUCAGAGAGGCGACGUCCUGAGAUGAGGUUGAGCCCGGGUGCGGGGGCGGGGCCGUCCGCUGAGCCUCACCUGCACCACGCCCCGCACCACGCCCCUCACCACAUGCAUCACAUGGACACGAACCCGCUUGAGGGCGGCGUGGAGUCGUUGGUGAGCGCGGGCUCCUCCGACGGUGAGCUGUCUAGCAAGGCAGGCGACAGCCCCAGCAGGAAGCGCCGCCGGAUCUCCCGCCAUAUCUCAUCAGGUGAAAGCAAUGUGUCGGUGGCGGCGCCAGUGGUGGAGCGGCGGACACCCCGGCUGCCCUAUCAGCCUCCGCGCCGGAUGCGGUACGUGAGCGGUGGCGGCGGCGUGUGGGCGCACGAGCGUCUGCUGGACUCGCACCCGCAGCACGUGGCCCACCCCCACGCGCUGCCCCCGCAUGCCCACCCCCACGCACACCCGCACGCCCACCCCCACGCGCCGCUGCUGCUCGACAUCAACCAGAUGUCGCUGCGGGGCGCUCGGCUGGGCGCGCUGGGUGGCGGCGUGGGCUGGCCGCACCCCCACGCCCACGCCCACGCGCACCCGCACGCCCACGCGCACCCGCACCGCGACCACGCGCAGCGCACGCAGAUGGGCGGCGUGUACCCGGGCGUGCCCUACCACGGGGGCUUCCCGCCGCCGCCGCCGCGUGCGCCCUUCGCCUCGCCGCCUCACGCGCACUACAUCGCCGGCUCACAGCGCGCGGAGGGCGGGCGGAUGGAGGUGGUGGGCGGCGGCGAGGGCGGGAUGUCCCCGCUGCCGCCCGCGCCCGACCUGCACCACGCGCCCCACGGCCCCCUGCUGCUCACCGCUGAGGCUCGGGGGGCGCCACUGGAGCUGAUGGCGCCGCAUCACACGCGCCACGCUCUCCCUCACCACCACCGGCGCAGCAGUGUGGGCGUGAGCAGCGGCCUCGGUGCCGUCAGCGUGGUGGGGGCGGGGUCUCGCGCCGCGCGGCCCUACGUGCGCGCCGCCGCCCGCUGGCCGCCGCAUCCCGUGCACCACAUACACGCUCAGAGCGGGGGCACGCUGCUGGGCGCGACGCUGCCGCACCCGCAGCUGCAGGUGACGCCCACGCUGUCGCUGCCGCCGCCGCCGCCCACCUACCAGGUGUUCCUGAACCUGCUGGCGAUGUUCCCGCUGUCCCCGUACGGCGAGGCGCGCGAGGAGGCCGCCGAGUCGGAGCCCGAGAACUACGAGGCGCUGCUGUCGCUGGCGGAGCGCCUGGGGGAGGCGAAGCCCCGCGGCCUCGCCAGACACGAGAUCGACCAGCUGCCCACCUACAAGUACUCCGAGCAGACCAGACACGGCGAGCAGACGUCGUGCGUGGUGUGCAUGUGCGAGUUCGAGGCGCGCCAGACGCUGCGGGUGUUGCCCUGCGCGCACGAGUUCCACGCCAAGUGUGUCGACAAGUGGCUCAGGUCAAAUCGGACGUGUCCCAUCUGCCGCGGCAAUGCUUCGGAGUACUUCAACAAUUCGGAGUGACAGCGCGCGACGCCCCGCCCCGCCGGCCACGCCCUGGGCGCCGCCCUGUGCCACGCCCCGCCGGCC